CAGGUGCGGUGAAACAGGGCUGCCGCUCUGGAGGGGGAGCUUCCCAGGGAAGGCCUCAGAAGGCAAGGAACCUGGCCUGGCGUUUAGGGGUACGCCUCUGGACGCCAUCCCUGCUGCCCUACCCCUCACAGGGCCCAUGGCAGUGGCAGUGCCUUCGGGUCGGGCGGGGGGCUCUGGCUGGGCCUGGAGACCAGUGGCGCGGGACGAGCUUCUGGCUCGGGCCUUCCAUUCAUGCACCGAACUGCGGGGACGGUUCUAUCUGGUAGGGGGUCUCCUAGCAGGAGGAGCGAGGGAACCCAGCAGUGAUACUGUGAUCUUCGACCCCACUGGGGGCCAGGCCGUGAGACUGGAAGCCCCAGGCGGCCCCCCACGCAGUCACCACGAUGCAGCACCCGUGGGAGGGCGUUGGCUUUGCGUAGUGGGCGGCUGGGACGGGUCACGCCGCUUGACUACAGUGGCUGCACUGGACACAGAGCGUAGAGAGUGGGAGGCCUGGACAGCCACCUCUGGCAACUGCCCCCCUGCUGGCCUCAGUAGUCACACCUGCACCCUUCUCUCUGAUGGAGAACUACGGGUGGCAGGCCGGGAGGGUGGAGUCCGAACUCAACGACGCUAUGGAAGUAUCUACACGUUAAAGCUGAAUCCUGGCGCCCGCACCUAUUGCUACAAGGAAGAAGGCCAUACAGUUUCUCGCUCAGGUCACUGUGCUGCCCUGCUUCAAACUCCUGGGCCCCAUCCAGGGCAUCAGCUAUUACUCUUUGGGGGUUGUAACUCAGCUGAACCAGAAGUAGCUGGUCGAUGGAAUCAUGGGAAGAUUAAGGAGGAAUCACCAGCUGCCCCUCGUCUGACUGAACAGCUUGCAAAACUUGUGAGCAGUGGGCAGGGAUCCCGGCAGGGACCCCAGGGAUUGCGGCAUCACUCAUGUUCUGUAGUGGGGCCUUUUGCCGUGCUGUUUGGUGGAGAAAGUCUAACCAAAGCCAGAGACACCAUCUGCAAUGACCUCUACAUCUAUGAUACCCGCAAGUCUCCUUCUCUGUGGUUCCACUUUCCCUGUGGAGACCGUGGAUUGAAACGGAUGGGCCAUCGCACCUGCCUUUGGAAUGAUCAGCUUUACCUGGUUGGGGGUUUUGGUGAGGAUGGCAAGACAGCUAGCCCACAGGUUUGCAUCCUGGACCUCUUUAUCUAAAGAAUAGUGUCCAGUCAUACUGCCAAACUUCUGUUUUGUUGUAAUCCCAUAAAACAUUAUCAGAGCUAUCAACCUCACUUCAAAUGCUUAUUAAAUUUCAAUCUGAGUGUUAACAUUUAUCUGAAUCUUUUUUGGGGGAGGAUAGCAAAUAAGUAGACAUCUUUAUUUGCAAGGGAAAGGACAAAGUAUGGAUUUUUUUCCCUCUGAUAUUGUGAUCUAUAACCUA